CGUUCAGAAGAUGCACACCGAAACCCCAGGAACCCUCUGCUCACAAACCACACAAGAAAACGGGUGCAUCCCCGUGCAUGAAUCUUAAACAUCCAGCGACCUCUCGGACCCUUCGACAUCCUCACCGCAUCAUCUCCCGGAGAUACACCUGUUCAUUUCCACCUGGAUUAUGGAAAGCUGAAGCUGGUCGGAAGGAAUGAUCACUGCUCUCUAACCGCUGUAGUUUCCAGCUUUAGAUAUGAUUCCCGAACACCAGAACCAUGUUGUCACCACGAUUGAAACCAUGCCAGAGAGCAUCACGGCAGCUUCACCGUCUGUGUUUCAGAGGAUGAAGAAAGUGUUGAGCAGGGAACUCAUUCUCACGCUGGCACUGGGUCAAGUUCUGUCGCUGCUCAUCUGUGGAAUCGGUUUGACCAGCAAGUACCUCGCGGACGAUUAUCAUGCCAACACUCCUGUGUUUCAGAGCUUUCUCAACUAUAUCCUGCUGUUCCUGGUAUAUACGACAACACUUGCCGUGAGACAAGGAGAGGAGAAUCUACUGGCAAUACUGAAGAGGAGGUGGUGGAAGUACAUGGUUUUGGGACUGAUUGAUAUUGAGGCCAAUUACUUGGUCAUCAAAGCCUACCAGUACACCACACUGACCAGCGUUCAGCUGCUGGACUGUUUCGUGAUCCCCGUGGUCUUGCUGUUGUCCUGGUUCUUCUUGUUAGUCAGGUAUAAAGUGUGGCACUUCGUCGGUGUAGGUGUGUGUCUCCUGGGCAUUGGCUGCAUGGUGGGCGCAGACGUCCUGGUAGGCAGACAACAAGGCCUCGGUGAUCAUAAACUCAUGGGGGAUCUUUUGGUCCUUGCGGGGGCGACACUCUACGGCAUUUCCAAUGUAUGUGAGGAGUUCAUUGUGAAGAACUUGAGUCGGGUGGAAUUCCUGGGCAUGAUGGGUCUCUUUGGCUCCUUCUUCAGUGGGAUCCAACUGGCCAUAAUGGAGCACAAGGAGCUCCUGAGGGUCCAGUGGGACUGGCAGAUAGGUCUGCUGUAUAUCGGAUUCAGCGGGUGCAUGUUCGGGCUGUAUAGCUUCAUGCCUGUGGUGAUCAAGAGAACCAGCGCCACGGCUGUGAAUCUGUCUUUGUUGACAGCAGACCUCUACAGCCUCUUCUGUGGCUUGUUCCUGUUCCAGUACAAGUUUUCAGGGCUUUACUUGCUGUCGUUCCUCAUCAUUAUGCUGGGACUGGUCCUCUACUCCUCUUCCUCUACCUACGUGGCACAGGAUCCUCGCGUUUACAAACAGUUCCGCAACACAGGAAAUGCUAUUACAGACACGCCCAACGUGGGCCCACACGAGCCUUCAGUGACCUAUACGAGCCUCCGUCAGGAAAUGGAGGAGGAGCCUCGUAUACGGGUAGCCUGAAGGGGCGGGUCUUCUUUAAAUCAAUCAUCCACUGCCCGGCCCACAGUCUGUUGAAAAUAAUAAUGAUCACUGAAUGAUGUAAUCAACCACGUAGCAAAUGAGUACACUGUGAUCAUGAACUGUGAAUACUGUAGGUAGCGGUGACUUCUGUAUAUCUGAGUUAUCAGAUCCAUCAUGUAUAGAGAUAUCACCACCCCAAGAACAAUCGAUGUGUUUAGAAGAAUUUGUGCUGACUGUUUGUCCAAGUACUCAAUUGUGAAUGUUUUAUUUUCUUACUCGAGCGCAAAGGGUUCAUUGUAAUUGACGUGGUUUGCAUUAUUACUGUUUCAUAAAAAAUGUGUGUCUAGGAGUUUUAAAUGACGACAACGUUCCUGGAAAACGGCAUUCUGAGAUUUAAAAUGCUGAUUUGAGCCAGUGCCUUGCAUAUGUAAUAUUAUUGUGGGUUACAUCGAUCAUGACCUCUAAAAUAAUGCCAUCAGUAUUUGACAACUUGUCAUGACUGUAUUUGUAUAUGCUAAAAAUGAAAAAUAAUUCCAUCUGUCCGAAAUACAAAAAGAGGAAAAAAUAUUUCUACCCUUUAAAUGUAAUUUCAUGUUCAUUUUUAUAUAUUUGGCAUAUUGUUUGAUUGAAUCCUGCCAAGAUUGGAUAUCUUCAUUUGGCUUGAGUUAAAGCAAUCGAUUGUUAACUUGUAAGAAUUUUAAGGCACUUGUUCUUUUGUUUUACUGUAUAAAACCGAUCAGUUUUAAUUUGGGUUUUAUUUGGAUUAAAUCCAGAAUACAUGUGUAAAGUUUUUCUGAACAGAUAUCUGAAUAUUGUUUGCUUUAUUAUUAUCAUUUUGUAUGUUUUGGUUGUCAUUUUAAUAUUGGAGAUUCUAAAUGUGUCUGACUUGCUUAAAAUAAAAAAUAUUUGUCU